CUGAUGGAGCGUUUCAACGCCGACAAGCGCAUCUUCUGCUUCAUCCUCUCGACCCGCAGCGGUGGCGUCGGCGUCAACCUGGCGGGUGCCGACACCGUCGUCUUCUACGACAGCGACUGGAACCCCACCAUGGACGCCCAAGCCCAGGACCGGUGCCACCGCAUCGGCCAAACCCGUGACGUCCACAUCUACCGGCUCAUCAGCGAGAGGACGGUGGAAGAGAAUAUCCUCAAGAAGGCCAACCAGAAGAGGAUGCUGGGAGAUAUGGCCAUCGAGGGGGGGAACUUCACCACCGCCUACUUCAAGCAG